CAUUUUUUAAAAUCUGACGGAAAGUUUGUAAAAAGAUUUUAAAUUUUUAAAAAUUAAUCUUUAGCAAAUAGUAAAAAGGAUUAAUUUGUGUAAGUGCUUCCUUUAUUUUAUCUUUGAGCUUCAUUUUAAUUGUGUAAUGACAAACAAAAUGCCUGAAAAAGAUUCACAAAUCUUAAAAGAUGCACGUGAAACAUUUACAUAUAUAUACGAAAUAUCGAAUUUAUUGAAAACCGGAUUGGAUCCAGACGUUUUAAUGUGUUGCAUACGAUUAUGUGAAGAGGGUAUACCACCUGAAAUAUUAUCAUGGGUGAUCAGUGAAUUGAAACGUGAAACUUCGAUUCUUAUGGAACAAAAAACUAAAUCCGAAGAAAAUAAAAAUUUACAACAUGGUGAUCGAAAUUGAAAAAAAAAAAAACUUGUUCACCAUUUAAUGAACUUAAUUUACUAAUGUACUAAUUUUAAGUAGCCCGAAUAAUAUUUUUAA